GGAAAAAACACACACAAGCCAAAUCAAAAUAAAAUUGCAAAACCCUAACUGAAAUAAAAAACUAGACGGUGGUGGCUCAUCCCUACGGAUACAAAAAGCAAAAGGAAACAGAAAGAAAAAAAAAAGCAUUCCACCAUAUUUGUCUCGACGGUUCUCUGUAAGGGUUUCAAAAAUGGGAAAGAACCAAAAGACAGAGCUAGGCAGAGCCCUAGUAAAGCAACACAAUCAAAUGAUCCAACAAACAAAAGAGAAAGGUCGAAUCUAUAAGAAGAAGUUUCUUGAAUCAUACACCGAAGUUUCCGAUAUCGACGCCAUAAUCGAACAAGCUGAUGAAGAUGAUGAACAACAACUCCUUGAUAUCUCCCUCGCUCCUCCCACCACCCACAUCAAUCUGGAUCCUGGUUCUGGUAGUGGUUUUGAUGGUUUGACGCCUGAAGAAAUUAAGAUGCAGCAGAAGAUUGAAGAGGAGCUGCAUGCUAGUAGUCUUCGAGUUCCACGCAGGCCACGAUGGAGUGCUGACAUGUCCCCUGAGGAGCUUCAUGCUAAUGAAACACAACACUUUUUAACCUGGCGUCGCAGCCUAGCCAGACUUGAGGAAAAUAAGAAGCUUGUCCUUACUCCAUUUGAAAAAAAUCUUGACAUCUGGAGGCAGCUCUGGCGGGUUGUUGAGCGCAGUGAUUUGCUUGUUAUGGUUGUUGAUUCACGAGAUCCACUGUUCUAUCGCUGUCCUGACCUUGAGGCUUAUGCAAAAGAGGUUGAUGUGCAUAAACGCACAUUGCUUUUGGUUAAUAAGGCAGAUCUUUUACCUGCUUCUGUUAGAGAGAAAUGGGCAGAAUACUUCCGUGCUCACGAUAUUCUCUUCAUCUUCUGGUCAGCUAAAGCUGCUACUGCAGUUUUGGAAGGCAAAAAGCUUGGUUCGUCACAGGCUGAUAACAUGGGGAGCGCAAAUAAUGCAGACACAAAGAUAUAUGGAAGGGAUGAGCUCUUAUCUCGCCUGCAAUCAGAGGCAGAAGACAUAGCAGACAUGAGAAGAAAUUCAGGCUCAUCCUCCAUUAAAUCCUCAGGUGAAAAUGCUUCUGUUAGUUCGUCGUCAAGUCACGUAGUUGUGGGGUUUGUUGGAUACCCUAAUGUAGGGAAAAGUUCAACUAUCAAUGCUCUGGUUGGUCAAAAACGAACUGGUGUCACCUCUACCCCAGGAAAAACAAAGCACUUUCAGACAUUAAUUAUUUCCGAAAAGUUGACCCUUUGUGAUUGUCCUGGAUUAGUUUUUCCGUCUUUCUCCAGCUCAAGAUAUGAGAUGAUUGCCUGUGGAGUGUUGCCUAUUGAUAGAAUGACCGAACACCGGGCAUCUGUCCAAGUUGUAGCCAAUAGAGUCCCGAGACAUGCCCUAGAAGAGAUCUAUAAGAUUAGUCUUCCUAAACCUAAGUCAUACGAGUCCCAAUCCCGCCCCCCUCUAGCAUCUGAACUUUUGAGAACAUAUUGUGCUUCUCGUGGACAUGUUGCUUCUAGUGGACUGCCAGAUGAAACCAGAGCAGCUCGUCAGAUACUGAAAGAUUACAUUGAUGGGAAGCUGCCUCAUUAUGAAAUGCCCCCUGAUGUGUCAAAUCAGGAAUUAGCUUCAGAAGAUCCCAAUGAACAUGACCAAGUUGGUUUGCAUGAGUCAGAUUCAUCUGGUAUUGAAGAUUCUUCAGAUGUUGAGACUGAACUUGCACCAAAACUUGAACACGUAUUGGACGACCUCAGUUCAUUUGACAUCGCUAAUGGGCUUGCUUCAAACAAAGUUGCGGUUAAGAAGUCUAAGGAAUCUCAGAAGCACCAUAAAAAGCCUCAAAGGAAAAAGGAUCGUUCGUGGAGAGCCGGGAAAGCUGGGAACGAUGAUACCGACGGGAUGCCAAUUGCAAGAUUCCAUCAGAAGCCAGUAAAUGCAGGUCCUCUGAAGGUUUGAUACAGUGAUGUCAAAUAGUUGUUACAGCUGUGCUAUAUCGGAAUUUGAACAACGGUGUUGCUCUGCAAUAUGCUAUUUAGUACAAACUGUUGUCAAAUCACCGCUAUUGCACACUAUAGCGUAGCGAAAUUUAAACAAACCGCCAUCUUCUGUGAUCCACAAUUGGCAACACUGGUUUGAUAAGGUCAUACCCUCUUGUUUAUGUGCAAUGUCUUGUCUGUUAGACGCAUAUGUACAUAGUUACUCUGAGGAAAAAAGUUAAAAUAUUGUAUUCGCAACUUUUAGUUUUUGUUCUGAAUAUUGGGGUGAAAAUGAUGUCUUAGGAUUGAAAAAUAAGAUAUUUUGAUUAUCCAGAUUUAAGUUCGCAUCAUGUUCUCAUAUGCUCUUGUGUAUGACAAAAAUAGCUGACACAGUUGAUUAUUUGAUUGCAUUACAAA